AUGGACUCACAUUGUUCUCCGAGUCGACUCGUUCUAAUCACCUUCUUCCUCCUCUGCUUCUUCGCCGGCGAUUCAUUGGCGACGAGACCUGGUUUGUUCUACACUAGACAAAGAGGAAGAUGCACGCCGCAGUAUUGGAGCAGCAGGAGGGAAUCAUGGCCGAGGAUGGUGCCGGAGAGAUCAACGGUGGAGAAAAUGUUCGGAGUGAUGGUGGCGAAUGAGCGGUGGAGAUCUGAUCUGACUCUGGUGGAAUCAACGGCUAGGAAUGACGAAGAAGGAAACGCGUACGGUGCACUGUUGAAGCAGGGGAUCGCAGCUCUGCUAAAUUCUUACGCGAGAAGAAGUUUUUCUUAUGCGCCAUGGGAAGUGAAGACGAUGCUUAUUCAGGCCAUGAUCUCUGAGCCGGCGGCUCGCCGGCAAGCCGAACAGUUCGCCGCCGCUAACGGGGCUUGUGACUAA